AUUGGGUAUUGAGGGACUGAUCCAUGUGUAGAAACCACUGAGACAACUGGCAGUGUGUAUCAUCCCAGGAUGUCAUACUGCUAGCAAUUGAUGCUCUGUACUCAGAGUGCCUCUGUGGGCACGGACAGAUGGUCCGAAGGGCCUGUUCCACGCUCCAUGACUCUAGUGUGUUAACUACCAAUGCACAGAGUCGAUACACUGUGAAUGUGCAGCCACUCAACCACCUCAGAGGCGUGCACGCGGUUACUUUUGUGUUUCUCGCUUAGGUUUUCGCGGAGAACAUUGGUGGAUUUUAAAAGUCCCAGUCGCUGCUGGGCUCAGCUGGGACAGUGGGACCACGCAGCGGCUGGCGGUUCGCUGCGAUCUUUCGGUCGGCGAGGGAUUUUGGGGGAAGCGGGGCCGGGAGAUCUCACUCCGCCCCCGGAAUGUGCGAGGAGGAGGCGGAAGUCGGAGCGAGUCGAGUGGGCACGGGCUGAGCGGCAGUACGGCCGCUGACAAUGGACUGGCUCCUCGCCUUCUUCUGGAGCGUCACCCUGCCGUUUUGCAUUUCUGCUCCCUCCAUCAACUGCGACAGUGAGACCCAGUACCUAAAGGAUGACCGGUGUUGCUUCAAAUGUGGUCCUGGCUCGUACAUGGCAACUGAGUGUGGCUUAUCGCAGUACCCCAAUUGUCAUCCUUGUGAAAAUGGCUCCUACCAGCAGCAGUGGAACAAGGACGCUCACUGCAAGAAGCACUCGUCUUGUGAUUCUGGAGAAUUUGAAGUUGUAAAAGCCGGUGACUCAAUCAGCGAUGUGGUGUGCUUGUGUAAAGAAGGGAAGCACUGUCCUAACAGUGACUGUGAGGUCUGCAGGGAUGAUGAAGUGUGCCCGCCGGGAUCAGGAGUCAAAAUCCGAGGUGAUCGGAAAUUCCAGGGCACAGUGUGUGAAGAUUGCAAAGAAGGAUUCUAUUCAAAUGUGACAUCCUCUAUCGAGCCCUGCAGGGAAUGGAUGAAUUGUGCAUCACUUGGACUGGUUGAAGUUCAACCUGGCACCUCACAGAACGACGUUGUCUGCAGUGUUCCAUUACCAAGCAAAGGGUGUUGCAAAGGAGCAGUUAUUCCCUUGGCUCUGAUUAUUGUCGUCCUUAUAAUUCUGUUUGUCUGCGACCGGUUGGGUUAUCUGAAUGCUGCCAAGGACGCCAUAAGAAGGCGGAUGACGAGAGGAAAGGAAGAGGAGGACGUCAAGGGUGUGGCUUGCGCAGACAGGCUGUUAGAUGGCAUACCGACACCGGAGAGUGGACUGCACGCAGGGAUCCAGGAAGAGGGCAAGGACAGCCACCCCUCUGAGGAGGAACAGAACCACAUUGCCACUUCGAUCGGGAGGGAAGACUUCAUUUGUGGACAAGAUGCUAAUGGAAGUACGGGAAGACAGUGGGUGGACAGAGACAUCGCAUUGCCAUGAAUCCGUGGCUGAAGCAACAUUCCAUGGACUUCAACAGGUUUCCCUUGAAAUAUUGUGGCUUUUAUUUUAAUCCAGAGCAUUUUAUUUUGCCUUCAACACAUUAUUUCUAUAACGCUGCACCCAAGGAACCCUGUGAAGUUUAAUCACCGGUAAUGUUUCUCAUUGGAUCAGUGUACUAAGGGAUUCCUGUUCUGAUGGAAGCAUUGAACUGACAAAGUGGUCACUCUCAGUGCAGGUGGGUUCAAGGACAUUGAUUGUCCUGAUCUGAAGUUCUUUGUGCUGCAACCAUCCAUGGCAAAUCUCAUAGGUUGGGUGUUUGAGGUUGGUGCAGAGAUUUGCUCAUUGCUGCUUGGGAGUGGGUUCGAUGGGGGUCGGACCAAACCCUGUUAUCAAUCUCUACCAGACAUAACGUGUGUGUUGCGAGAAAGAGGUUUGGGCUCAUCAUUGCCUCAUGAUUUCUCAACAUCUACGGCUUUGGAUAGAGAUAUGGAAUGAACUCUCAGUGGGUGAGAUUUCAGAGAAGCUGCCCCUGGUCACGGCCAGUUGGCCAGUGUGAGAUGGUCACUGCUGGUCACUCUCCAGUGACUCUAGAUACAUCAGGAGAGGAGGAGGGUGGAAAACAGCUAGAACAAUGACAAGAACAUAACCUCCAAAACUGCUGAAAGAGAAGCCAUUUGAACUUCAUCAUUGGUCAUUUCAUUGAAACCACUUGUAAGCUCGUACCUUUGUGAUUUCAUUAGUCGAUUCGGUAAAAAUUUCACAUUAAUGGCAAUCUUCUUUUACUUACCUCACUGAGGAUUUUUUCAGCUGCUUUGAUAAUGAAGGUGAUGACAUUAAUUAUUCUGAAUUUACUACAACUAUAAAUAGCCUGAUUUUGCUUUAUUUUGUUGGGGAGCCUCAUAGGAAUAUCGAUCAAAAGCUCUUACUGAGGGAGGUUGUGAACUUGGGACAGAGGAGCUGUGUGGUGUUAUGUCUUUAGUGCAUUGUGAUCUGUUUAAGCUUCAGCUGUUAAAGUGGGAAUCUAAAACUGAUACUUCAUUAAUUUAACUUAUAAACUUUAAUUAGUUAAAAGAGCAAGUGAAUUUAUUAAAUAAGCAAUUAAUCAUCAAUUGAAUAUCCAAGCAAGGUUAGAUGGGGAUUAUUCGGAAGGAGGUGGGCUCCACUUUUCCGGUGUGGCUACUCACAGAAAGCAGGGUCCCAGAUAGCCAAAUCUGUGGCACUCAUAUUUUGAGGAGCUUGUUCUUGGCAAAGCCAAACUUACAUGCAAGACAUUGUAAUGUUUCAGGGACAGUGGGGCAUAGCACGGACACUUCAACCCAAGAGUCAGUGCCACAGUUUAGUUUUGGUUCCCAAUCUGUGGCAGGGGCUUAUGAUGUCCUGGGCUGGCCAGUGAGGCGGAAGCAGUGGUGGAAGAGCUUCCAGCUAUUGCCCUUGUUUGACAUCUGUGAGAAACUUGCUUAAUCUGGACAAGAACAAGGAAUGCUAAGAAAUGGACAAGCCAUGACUUUAAUGAAUGAAGGAGCAAACUCAGGAAGUUGAUUGCCAACUCCUGCUUUGCUACUUUUGAUUUUGUGACUGUAAAGAUUGUGAUAUAAUACAAUCAGUAGCAUGUGAGAGGAGAAAAAGAGGAAUGUAGUUGAAUAUAAUGUUUAGAGUGAUAGAUACCACUCUUGGCAUCCAUGGACUACAGUCAGUUGGAACUGUGACUGCAGACAAAGCAUCCACUUGUCAUUCAUGUUGGAAUUAGUAUGCAGGCUGAGCUAGAAUUCAGGUUCUGCUGAGGGAAUUUGAGGAGCUUUAUUAUAAAUUCAAAUGCAAAACCACAAAGGUAAUAACUCUCCAUAUUGCUACCAAUGCCAUGUACACAUUGACAAUGGCACAGAGUAGACAUGUAAAUAUAAAGGUAGAAUGGGACAGGGCAUUUUAUUUUCUGGGGCACUGGGGAACGAUUGACUUGCCAUUUUGGGACAGACUCCCCUUAGACUGAACUCAGCCCGAUCUCCUGCAAAAUUGUAUAAUUCAUGUUGGAGAGAGGGCUCAAAAUCUAAGACUCAAGAGGUUCUGCAGGUGCUGGAAAUCCAGAGUAGCACAUACAAAAUGCUGGAGGAACUCAGCAAGUCAGGCAGCAUCUAUGGAAAUGAAUGAACAGUUGAUGUCUUGGGCCAAGAUCCUUUAUCAGGACUGUCUCCAUAGAUGCUGCCUAACCUGCUGAAUUCCACCGGCAUUUUGCGUGCGUUGCUCUAAACCAAAAGAAGCUGGAGGGUGAGUAGGGGGAGAAGUAGACAUCCGAAGAACGGAAUCAAGUCUGUAGAGUGAAAUAAAGUCAAGUAAGUUAGAAAAGGCAAAGAGUUUAACAGCAUUAACGACAGAGAUCACAUGCAAAGAUAGUAAAAUUGGAAGCACUCUGUCUAAAAGUUUAUAACAUUACAGUCAAAUCUGCAGUGGGUCUCUGCAACACAAGUUACUUUCACAGAGACUGCUGAACUUGAGUCUGAAGUGCAAUUCUUGCAAUGUGCCCAACAUGAGGAUAUUUAGAUCUAAAAUAUACAGUAAAUGCCACUACCAGAGUUAAAUGACUUUAAGUUGUCUUUUCUGAUAUCUGGUUGUAGAGUGACCAGGUGUGACUUCUAGAAAACAUAAACAAACAGUAAAGAGCACCUUGAUAAUAAUGGAUAACAUCAAAAGAUUGUGUGGAUAGGAUAGUUGAAAAAUUAAGUUGUUGCCAGUUAAGAGAAAAAAGGUAGAAAUUACUAUAGGAAUUGUUGAUAAACACACUAAUCCAAGUUUUAGACAAAUAAAUCUGGAAAUUGGAGGGGCAUAUUGGUAAUAAUCUUGAGAAGUUUUAAACUUCACAAAGUUUAGACAAACCAAACUGGCAAAAUGGGGAAGUGCAGGGAUUUUGAAGGCAGUUCCCUAGAUCAACCAGCCAAGGAACAUGCUAGUUUAUAUGUUGACUGGGGCUAGUUAAAAACCUUCAGAUCAAGAAUUAUCCUGGGAUCCUAAUAUGGCAGGACCUCAUGUAAAAUUUGAUUGAUAGUAUUAAGCCAGAAAUUAAACUCUUAACUUGAAAAAAGGCAAUAAUGAAGAAGUGGAGAUUGCCAGAGGUAGACUGGUGUAAUGUACAUUUUGCCAUGCAGUUCUUUUGCACGCCAAUAUGUGUGUUCAUACUGUGGUCUUGAUGGGAUAGGACAUCCUUGGUGCUCUCUGCUUUACAACAAUGUAAUAUUAUUUGAAAUUUUCAGUUUGCACCCCGUCUUAAAGACUCGAUGUGUGAUUAAUGUGUCUUUUUAUGCAGCUUUGUGAAUAAAUCUUUACAUCUUCUGUGUUCAUAGA